GCUGAAGACUUAACAGAUAUAAACUAAAUAGAAGAUUUUUUAAAACUUUUCUUUUCAUCUAUAAUAUUUUUUCUCAACAGCUGGACUCUGAUUCAACUUUCUUCUUUUUUUUUUGCCUCUUUGGAACUUUAUUUCUCGUGCUUUAAAAAGUGCACAUUUACUUCUUUUUUCUUUUUGUAAACACUUUUUGUUGAAUCGUUGGCGAUGUUUCCAGAGGCAAACAAAGGCUACACCUAUGAGGACUGCAAGGCCACGGCCGAUUGGCUGAUGGCCCAGACGGACGUCCGGCCCACGGUGGGCAUCGUGUGCGGCUCGGGGCUCGGAGGGCUGGCUGACAUGUUGAAGGACCAGGUAGCCUUCAACUACAAGGACAUCCCCAACUUUCCACAGAGCACCGUGCACGGACACGCAGGUCGGCUGGUUUUUGGAACCUUAAAGGGGAGGCCGUGUGUUUGCAUGCAGGGACGCUUCCACUUGUAUGAGGGCUACCCAAUCCAGAAGAUUACACUGCCCAUUCGCAUCUUCAAGCUGCUGGGCGUGGAGACGGUGAUGCUGACCAACGCGGCCGGAGGCCUCAAUCAGGACUUUAAAGUGGGAGACAUCAUGAUCAUCAAAGACCACCUCAACAUGCCGGGCUUCGCUGGCAACAAUCCGCUGUCUGGACCCAACGACGAGAGGUUCGGCGUGCGUUUCCCCUGCAUGUCCGACGCCUACGACAGAGAGCUGCAGCAGAUGGCCAUGGACGUGGGACAGGAGCUCGGCUACGGAGACUUCCUGAGGGAGGGCGUCUACUGCGUGCUGGGCGGGCCAUCGUUCGAGACCAUUGCCGAGAGCCGCAUGCUGCACAAACUGGGCGCCGAUGCUGUUGGCAUGAGCACAGUCUUCGAGGUGAUCAUCGCCCGCCACUGUGGCAUGCGAGUCUUCGCCCUCUCGUUGAUCACCAACCAGGCCGUGAUGGACUACGACAGCGAGGAGAAGGCCAAUCACGAGGAGGUCCUCCAGAUUGGCAAGCAGCGGGCGGAGCAGCUGGAGCGGCUGGUUUCCACCAUGGUGACCAAGAUCGAGCACAACAACAACUACGCCUAAGAGACGCCCCACGAAACCAGAUCUUUAACCCUUUUAGCAUGACUGAGGGAGCUGUAAAGUGGUGUAUAUUGAACGCUAUUGUGCCAAAGAAAACCCCCAAUUUGUUUAUUAUUAAGGUGAUCAGUUGGGCUGUUUUUAGUCUUAGGUCAAAAGAUUAUAAUAUAGUAGAAUCUCACUUUUCUCACAUUUUUACAGAAAAACAACUUUUAUUUUGCUUUUUCUGACAUCUCACAUUCCUCUACAGAAGAAAUCUUCUUUUUUUGUAUCAUUCUAAACGAGACGUAUUUGUUCUAACUUAAAACUUGUGAUCAACUUAUGUGUAAAUGUCAGCAAUUUAACUUAACAAUGAGCAAAGAAAUCAGCUGUAAAGAUCUUAAUUGUAUGAUGUUGUUGAAAUGUGUACAUUAGUGGACUUAAGGUAUUUUACUGUGCUUGUUUUUUCACAUGAAUGUUGUUACUAAAGGUACUAUUUAUUACUAAA